GAAUGCAAGUCCGGGGAGACCGGAUAUAGUAAAUGCAGGGUCCCGGGAGACCGGAUAUAGUGAAUGCAGGGUCCGGGGAGACCAGAUAUAGUGAAUGCAGGGUCCGAGAGAGAACGGAUAUAGUAAAUGCAGGGUCCGGGGAGACCGGAUUUAGUGAAUGCAGGGGUCCGGGGAAGACCGGAUAUAGUGAAUGCAGGGUCCGGGAAGAAGGGAUAUAGUGAAUGCAGGGUCCGGGGAGACCGGGAUAUAGUGAAUGCAGGGUCCAGAGAGAGCGGAUAUAGUGAAUGCAGGGGUCCGGGGAGAGCGGAUAUAGUGAAUGCAGGGUCCGGGGGAGACCAGAUAUAGUGAAUGCAGGGUCCGGGAAGACCAGAUAUAGUGAAUGCAGGGUCUGGGGAGACCAGAUAUAGUGAAUGCAGGGUCUGGGGAGACCAGAUAUAGUGAAUGCAGGGUCCGGGGAGACCAGAUAUAGUGAAUGCAAGGUCUGGGGAGACCAUGAUAUAGUGAAUGCAGGGUCCGGG